GUCAGCUCGGCACGCACGCGUUUCGCUCGCGUCCUUCAAAUGAAUUAAGUGAUUGUGAAAUAAAGUUUUUGAAACUUUCAAAGUUUGUUUUUUUCUAAAAUAAGUUACGUGUGAAGUGUUAUGAGUUAAGUGCGGCUAAAUUAGUUCAAUUUGCAAUUUUAGAAAACAAAGAACAGUAUAGUAUAGUAUUUUAUAGGGCACAAAAGUUGAGUGAACUUUCGUACUUCGUUACUUUGGAAUCCAGUGAAUCCUACAGGUGUUUUUGUAAAUUGCAUUGUUGUGACAGAAAAAUCCUAGCAACAACGAUACAAUGAAAUUCAUUAAAUUAAGCACUUUUCAUACUAGAAAAGUUCAAUACAAAGUUGAUUACUUAGAAACAAUAUUAGAUACCGUGCGACCAUUCUGAAAUGGUGUUUUACGUACUUUUUUAACUUGUAAUAGUAGAACGAGAGUGGUUGGUCAAGAUGUAUUUAAAUAAAACAUAUGCAGCUUUAGUGAUAAUUUUGUGCUUUUUUCCAAUCACAUCACCAGCAGAACCAGGAAGCCAAAUGCAACCGCCUCGAUUUACAAUGCAACCCUCCUCGUCAAAUAGUGUUGUAAGGGAGGGAACAACAAAGAUAUUACAAUGCUCUGCCAUAGGAAUACCACAACCUAUGUACAGAUGGCUUAAAAACGGCGACCCAUUAGGCGACUAUUCCUCAGAAUUAUUUUAUAAAAUACACAAUACACAGCGCCAAGACGCAGGUGCUUACCAGUGUAUAGCAAAAAAUGAUGUUGGAGCGAUUUUUAGUGAAAAAAACAACAUAAUUGUUGCUUUUAUGGGUGUUUUUGAGAACACUAUAGAAAAAGUGAUAACAGUCGAAUCAGGUAACGCAGCUAUUCUGGAUUUUCCGCACAUAGAAUCAGAACCUCCACCGUCAGUUAUUUGGCAGGACGAAAAUGGUGUAAACGGUGUACUGCGAUACGAUCAAAAAUAUGCAAUCACCGAUAAAUAUCAACUAGUAAUAUUAUGCGCAUCCCAAGACGACCAGCGAGCCUAUAGAGCGCGAGCAAUAAACACCCAGUUAGGUAAGGUUGAAAAUAGUCCGUACAUUAGAUUGAAAGUGAACGGAGACGAUGACAAAGAAAUAGCACCAGAAAUUAUUAUAAAGCCGCAAGACACAAAGAUAAUAAAAGGCCAGGAAUAUACAAAUAUUUAUUGCAUCGCUAACGCACGACCGCUGCACGAGCUCGAAACUUUAUGGUUUAAAGACGGAGUAUUGAUUGAUUUAGCGGGAAUCACUUACGACCUCAAUGAUCAAUGGAACCGAACGCUGAGCCUCAUAUCGGCCAAUUUAAACCACACCGGCCGAUAUACAUGUCAAGCAAGAUUAAAGUCGGGUGGAUUCGCAACAGUAACCGCUUCAGCAUCUGUUACUGUAUUCGAAAAACCAGUUAUGUUAUCCAGUAUAAAAUCGGAAACGUUUGGUGAGUUUGGUAGUACCAUUGUCUUAGAGUGCAACGUAAAUGGCAUACCAAUGCCUGGAAUCACGUGGUACAAGGAUGCGAGGAAAAUUGCGAGCGUCGGAGCUGACGCUGAGGAGUCCGACAAUGCGGACGUUGAUGACGGAGGAGGCAGGUACAGGGUGGAAGUAGACAGAUCGCUCGUUAUCAGCAACCUCAAGAUGGAAGAUAUGGGCAUAUACCAGUGUAUAGCGAGUAACGACGCUGGAGAGUCUUCUAUCUACACGUGGUUGAAAAUAAAAACCAAGGAAAAUAUUCGCGUUCCGCGCAGUCACAUGAAGUUAAUAAGAAUGAGGACUGCAGAUAAAAAGGCAAAAACGUUCAAAUUUGAUACCGGCACGUCUCCGCCCAUAAUGCAGAGUGCACCGGCCAACCUCACCGUCCUAGACGGAAAGGACGCCACCAUCGUCUGUCGGGCUAUCGGAGCCCCCACGCCCAACGUCACGUGGUACUUCAACGAUUCUCUUAUUAUAAACUUAUCUAGAAGAUUACAAACAUUAGAUGAAGGGGACUUGCUAAUAACGGCCACAACCACAGCGGACAGCGGGAAAUAUACUUGUAUACGAACAAACGACGCGGGUAACGUUUCCGGCGAAGCCUUCCUCACUGUACUCGUAAGAACACAAGUGAUCGCUCCUCCCGUCGACACCCGAGUGUUACUGGGUCACACGGCAACACUGCAGUGUAAAGUAUCCAGCGAUCCGAAUGUCAAGUAUAACAUCGACUGGUUCCACAACAAACAACCUAUGACGGCCGGGUCGCGCGUGUGGGUGUCGGGCGACGGCGCCCUGCAAGUGCAGGCGGUGCGCGCGAGCGACGCGGGCGAGUACACGUGCGUGGUGACGUCGGCGGGCGGCAACCACACGCGGCGCGCGCUGCUGUCCGUCAUCGAGCUGCCCUUCGCGCCCACCAACGCGCGUGCCGAGCGCCUCGACGCCGCCGUGCAGCGCGCCGUCAACGUCUCCUGGACGCCCGGCUUCGACGGGAACUCGCCCGUGCAGAAGUACAUCGUGCAGCGACGAGUCGUGCCCGAAUUCGGUCCCACCCCGGACCCCCUGUUGAAUUGGGUGACCGAACCGAUGAAUGUGUCUGCGAAUCAGCGUUGGGUGCUCCUGACUAGUUUGAAGGCGGCCACUUCGUACCAAUUUCGAGUUUCUGCAGUAAAUACAGUAGGAGAGGGUCCGCCUUCUGAACCGACGGAGGUUUUGACUCUACCGCAAGAAGCCCCUUCCGGACCUCCUUUGGGUUUUAUGGGAUCGGCGCGAUCUUCCUCCGAGAUAAUAACACAAUGGCAGCCGCCAUUAGAAGAACAUAGAAAUGGCCAUAUUCUAGGAUACGUAAUCAGAUAUCGCUUAAAAGGCUACGACAACAGCCCUUGGACAUAUCAGAAUAUAACCAACGAAGCGCAACGGAACUAUCUUAUCCAAGAUUUAAUAACUUGGAAAGAUUACAAUGUACAAAUUGCAGCAUAUAACGAUAAAGGUGUCGGUGUGUUCUCGGAUAGUUACACGAUAAAGACGAAAGAGGGCGUGCCUGAAGCGGCGCCUGAUAGCGUUCGCUGCGAUGCGUUCAAUUCCACCGCUAUACAAGUCUGGUGGACGCCUCCUAAUCCUCAAAAAAUUAACGGGAUUAACCAGGGAUAUAAAAUUCAAGCGUGGCUUUGGGAUGAAGCGUCGAAUGAUAGCGUGGAACAGAAACUCGUCAGCGUACCACCAAAUUUGUUAGAUCCCCUCACCGAGCAGACAGCGUUCAUAAAUGGUCUAGAAAAAUUUACCGAAUAUAAUAUAUCUGUACUUUGCUUCACGGAGCCGGGCGACGGUCCGCGGAGUGACUUCGUCUUGAUAAGAACGAAAGAAGAUACACCCGACGAAGUAACGAACCUACAAUUCGACGAUGUAUCGGACAGGGCAGUUAGAGUAUCCUGGUCGCCACCGAAAAAGUCUAACGGCAUACUCAUCGGCUACAAACUCAAAUACCAAGUGAAAGAUAGCGUCGACACUCUCAAGGAAGAAAUACUACCGCCCAAUGGCACUAGCGUACGAGUCGAACAUUUGCAGGCGAGCACGCAGUACCGGUUCUGGGUGAGCGCGCUGACGGCGCUGGGCGAGGGCGGCGCGCGCGCGGCCGACAUCCAGUCGGGCGUGGAGCCCGUGCUGCCCGCCGCGCCCACCGGCCUCGCGCUGUCCAACAUCGCCGCGCACUCCGUGCUGCUGCAGUUCACGCCCGGCUUCGACGGGAACUCCUCCGUCUCGCAGUGGACCGUGCAGGCUCAAACUGCGCGUAACUCUGCCUGGGUAUCGAUUUAUGAAGUGAGUGCCCCUGACGCUCAAUCGAUCCUUGUUACUGGCUUAAUUCCUUUCACGACUUACCGCUUGAGACUGAUCGCGACUAACGUCGUCGGAUCGUCUCCGCCUUCGGAGCCCUGUAAAGAGUUCCAAACUAUUCAAGCUCCUCCGCAGCACCCGCCCAGGAAUGUGACUGUACGCGCCGUCAGCGCUAACAACCUUCGAGUCAGAUGGAUACCAUUACAACAAAGCGAAUGGUACGGGAACCCAAAGGGCUACAACAUCACGUACAAACGAAGUGGUACUAAUGACACCCUACAUAGUAUAAUCGAAGAUCAUACGGCCAAUUCGCAUGUGCUAUCAAAUUUAGAAGAAUGGUCUGUUUAUGAAAUUACGAUGACUGCUAUAAACGAAGUCGGCACUUCCGCAACGAGUCCAACUGCAAUGGAACGGACAAGAGAAGCAGUUCCAUCAAGUGGACCAGUAGGUGUAUCAGCUAAAGCGACGUCAUCUACUACUGUUGUUGUCGUAUGGGGGGACAUCCCUGCCCAAGAUCAAAAUGGUCUUAUUGAGGGGUACAAAGUGUGCUACGCGGCAGUGGUACCUCCACCUCGCCCUGAUCAAAAGAAAAUCGAAUGCCACCCUAUUUCUUCUAACCAGACCCAUACAGUUACAUUGACAGAGCUUCGAAAGUAUGUUGUCUAUCAAAUUCAAGUUCUAGGAUAUACGAGACUAGGAGACGGCGCACUCAGCGAUCCGCCCGUCACUGUUAGAACUUUUGAAGACACGCCCGGCCCGCCCUCGAAUGUGUCGUUUCCCGACGUUACUUUUAGUACGGCGCGUAUAAUUUGGGAUGUCCCUGAGGAUCCUAACGGCGAGAUAUUGGCAUACAAAGUGACAUACCAUCUCAACAGUUCCACGCAACACAUGUUUUCUAAAGAGUUUCUACCUUCUGAUAGAACUUUUAGGGCCACGGAGCUGAGCGCCGAGGAGUACUACCAGUUCUCGGUGACGGCGCAGACGCGCGUGGGCUGGGGCGCCACGCUGCGCGCGCUCGUGCUGUGCACGGCCAACCGCGCCGCGCCCGCGCCGCCCGCCCGCCCCUACGUGGCGCGCUCGCUGCUGCAGCCGCACCAGAUCACCUUCUCGUGGACGCCCGGCGACGACGGCUACGCGCCGCUCAGGUACUACACGAUACAGCAGAAGGAGGAGGGUGGCACCUGGCAGACUCUUCCCGAGCACGUCGAUCCUUUCGCGACUUCGUACACCGUGGAGAGCCUGAAGCCUUAUACCGCUUACCAGUUUAGGAUCCGCGCCACCAACGACAUCGGACCGAGUCGAUACAGUAACGCCACAGAAACUGUCCGCACUUUACCGGCAGCACCCAGCAAAGCCGUGGAGAACCUGCGCGUAGUGCCGAUAACGCCGAGCAGCGUGCGCGUGCAGUGGGCGCCGCUGGGCGAGCAGCACUGGAGCGGUGACGCGCGCACGGGUGGCUACUCUGUCUCCUACCAACCGCUCACUGACUUCCCCGCGUCGCUGCACACCACCAUGAAGCAGGAAGUGCCGGGCAUUAAGAGCGAUGAAGUCGUGCUGACCGAUUUGGCGUUGGACCGCAACUAUGAAAUCAGCGUUUGCGCAGUGAACUCGCAGGGCUCGGGCCCGGCGGGCGCGCCGGCCGUGGUAUGGGUGGGCGAGGCCGUGCCCACCGCGCCACCGCAGAGUGUGGCGGCUCACGCACUGUCGCCCACCGAGGUGGCGCUGACCUGGAGCCCACCGCACCUCGCGCAGCAGAAUGGGGACCUGCUUGGUUACAAGAUAUUUUACUUAAUGACCGAGUCUCCGGAGGAAUUGGAACCUGGGAGACGGGCAGAGGAGGAGAUCGAAGUGGUGCCGGCCACUUCCACCUCCCAUUCGCUUGUAUUUCUGGAUAAAUUUACGCAAUAUCGAAUUCAGGUGUUAGCAUUCAACCCAGCUGGAGAUGGACCAAGGUCGACUGCGAUUCUGGUACGGACGCAUCAGGGUUUACCUUCGGCGCCACGUAACAUAACAUUUUCUGAGAUCACCAUGAACAGCCUCAUAGUGUCGUGGGAGCCUCCCCACCGUCGCAAUGGCCUCAUUCACUCCUACCUCGUCACCUACGAAACUAUAGAACAAGAUGAACGAUUCAGCAAGCAAGUGAAGCAGAAGGUGUCGGAGCGGCGGCUGGCGGUGGGCGCGCUGGAGGAGGAGGUGGAGUACCGGUUCAGCGUGCGCGCCGUGACGGUGGCGGCGGGCGCGGCGGCCGAGGCGCGCGCGCGCACGGGCCCGCAGGCCGGCUCGCCCGCGCGCCCCGCCGCGCUGCUGCUGCGCGCCGACCCCGCCGCGCUGCAUCUGCGCUGGACCAACGCCGCCUCCGGGAAGGGGCCGCUGCUCGGGUACUACUUCGAGGCGAGGAAGAAAGAUGACACGCGAUGGGAGACAAUAACCAGGACAAGCAAUGGAAUAUUGGAAGAGUUUACUAUUUCUUAUCAGAGCUUGCUUCCAUCGACCGCUUACUCAUUUAGAGUGAUAGCAUACAACAUGUACGGUAUAAGCAACCCAGCGUACAGCGAAAAAGUUAUCGUAACACCGUCUAAACUUUAUUUGGAAUACGGCUACUUGCAGUACCGGCCAUUCUAUCGAAGAACCUGGUUCAUGGUCGCUCUAGCUGCUGCUUCCAUCAUCAUUAUAAUUAUGGUCAUCGCAAUACUUUGCGUGAAAAGCAAAAGUUAUAAGUAUAAAAAAGAAGCUCAAAAGACGCUGGAGGAGUCGCUGGCGGGCGAGACGGACGAGCGCGGCUCGCUGGCGCUGGAGCUGUACCGCUCGCGGCAGAACUCGGCCGCCAGCGCGGGCGGCGCGGGCACGCUGCGGCGCAAGGCGCCCGCGCUGGCCAAGUCGCCGCCGCGGCCCUCGCCCGCCUCCGUCGCCUACCACAGCGACGAGGAGAGUCUGCGCGGCUACGACGAGAACCCCGACGACUCCUCGCUCACCGAGAAACCCUCCGAGAUGAGCUCUUCCGACUCGCAGAAUUCGGAGAGUGAAAAUGAGAGCGUGCGAUCAGAGCCACAUUCGUUUGUAAAUCAUUAUGCAAACGUCAACGAUACAUUGCGACAGUCUUGGAAAAGACAGCGUCCUGUUCGCAAUUACUCCAGCUACACGGACUCUGAGCCCGAGGGCAGCGCCGUCCUCAGCCUCAAUGGCGGCCAAAUCGUCAUGAACAAUAUGGCGCGCUCUCGGGCACCGCUGCCCGGAUUCUCUUCGUUCGUAUGACACGAACCUACCGACACGGCGCCCGCGCACGCCGUGCACAUGUAGUACGCACUGCCGAUUCAUUCCCAAUGCGUUAAUUUAUAAAAAUAGCGCUUGUACAUAUCGAUGACUGUUGAGUAUUAUUAUUAGCUGACUUAAGUAGAUAUAUACCUAUAUUAGACGUAAGAACAUUGUUCGACAUCAUAAUUUCAAGAUUUUUACUUAUUAUCAAGGACAUUAUAGAUAAGAUUACAAUUGUACAUUAUUUAAUAUUUUAUAAGAUCUCGCUAGAUCGAAAUACAUUCUUAUUAUUUAUCUAUUUAGUUUGUCGUUUCAAUGUUUUGACUAUAUUUCAUUUAAUAAUUCCAAAUAUAAUAAGCACAUAUUCUCAAUAAUUAAUAUUUAAGUAUAAACAAUUUUCUGAACACGUCACAUAACUUGUAUAGACAUUUUAUCACUUUUCUCACAGAAAUAUUAAUAAUUAUCAUUCCACUUAUAGAUUAAGCUAAUUGUUAUAAUGAUAUUUAAACUGCAAUGUACUUACCGACUUCACAUUCUUGAUAUAUAUAAUAUAUUAGUUUUUGAAAGAUUUUAACUUCAUUUUGUAAUAAAUUUACUUUACUGGUGUAUAACUGUUCACUAAUGAUAAUUUCCAUAAGACAAUUUUAUUAAAUACAUAAUUCACAUUUGAUACAAUAGUGAAACCUAACUUAUUGUGGUGUGCUUAAACAUUGUAAACACCCAAUAGAUAAUUUAACAAACCUCAAAAAGAAUACUAAUCUAACUAUAAUUGUAUUUUUAAUAAUUUAUUCAUAACCUAUAUAAGUUCAAUUUUGAGAACUUUUGAGAAAAGAUUUUUUUUUACGUUAUAGCUGAUACAACCAACACUUGUCUCUAUGUGUGUCGAAAAAUAAUAUUGGUAUUGUUUUGACUAUAAAAGCAAUAUUAAUUAAUGAAACUUUAAAUUUAGAUUUUGUAAUUUUUGUCUACAUUUAAGAACUUAUAAAUGACUGAUAGUUUUAGAAUAAUCUACUAUUGAUUGGUGUAAAUAAUGAUAACACUAUUAUCCUAUGAUGCGUGCAUUUUUGGCACGCCAUCUGGCACAAUUCUUUAAAAAAUCUGUGAUCUACUUUUUAUUUGCAAUGAAAUACUUUACAAAAAUAGCAAUAAGUGUUUACAUUUAUCAUAGGUGUCAUUCCAUUCAAAAGUAGAAAUAGUAUGCACCAAUGUUAAUCCUUAAUGUAUUGUAAAUUCUGUUUUUUUUUAAUUAUUUUAUUUUCAUGAUACGCAAAAAUUUAGAUUUGCAUAUAUUAUUUGAAUGGUGCCAUUAAUGUAGCUAAUUAUUUUGUAUUAUUUUCGUGUAUUUUUUCUCAUAUUUUAAAUAUACAAAGAUUAGCAAUUGAA